UCGCGAUUCUUCCAAGGCUUCCGAAUAUUCUCAAAUGGAUUUUUUCAUUUUUUACGUUUUUUUCGGCUCCUGGGCCUCCUAGAGCCAAUACCUGCCAGCCCAGUCAGCCACGUUCUCCGUGGUAAUGCCUUACCGACAGGCACGUUCACCAUCGUAGAUCAUGCACCAUCGCUACUAAAUUUUGCGGGAUAGUUUGCGGGCCACCCAUACGUGUUAGCAAUCUCCCCUAUAAUCUUUGGGAAGAGUAGAUUAAUUGCAACUAUGAAUUUUUAAAUAUUAAAAAUGCUACGUGCAAAGCGUCGAUCAUUCAAGUACCACGUAGGAGAAGCCCUCGGUGCUGGAAUAUUUUUAUUUGUGUUUUGUGAAUAUCUAAUUUAUUAUGUUGUCCUUUUACAGUGCGGAUGGCCUGUUCUGGACCCCCAGAAAGUGGAUCCAAUAAUUCCAGCUCCGCAACCUGUGGAGAGGCCUGUCAAGGCGAUGUUUAUUGCUGACACUCAUUUGUUGGGGUCACGAAAGGGUCACUGGUUCGACAAACUUCGAAGGGAAUGGCAGAUGUACAGAGCCUUUCAGACAGCUAUAGUUCUCCACAAACCCGACAUUGUCUUUGUACUAGGGGAUGUUUUCGAUGAAGGCCUCUGGUGUAGCUCCUCUGAGUUCGAGAACUACGUCAAGAGAUUCCAUUCUCUCUUCGCAGUACCGAAGAACACUUAUCUCUAUGUAGUAGCUGGAAAUCAUGACAUGGGAUUUCACUAUGUCAUAACUCCAUACUUGAAUCAAAGAUUCAUGAAUGCUAUGAAAGCCCCGAGUGUAAAGAGAGUGACAAUCCGGGGGAAUCAUUUUGUUCUAGUCAACAGCAUGGCCAUGGAGGGAGACGGCUGCUUCCUCUGCAGAUCAGCUGAAGUGGCUUUAAAUAAAAUAGCCAAACAUUUGAAAUGCGCCAGAGGCAUUGGCGAGUGCAAUGAACUGAAAUCAAUUGACAGAUACAGCAGGCCAAUACUCCUCCAGCAUUAUCCUAUGUAUAGGGAGUCUGACUCGUUAUGUUCAGAGCCAGAUGAGGCACCUGAGGAGAUUAAAGAUAUAAAAUUCAGAGAGAGGUGGGAGUGCCUAUCCAAAGAGGCAUCUAAACAACUUCUGGAUAUUCUCAAUCCCAGAUUGGUGGUUGAUGGCCACACUCAUCAUGGCUGCAGGACAAUGCAUGGUCAGGACAUUCUGGAAGUCACUAUUCCAUCCUUCAGUUGGAGGAAUAAAAAUAACCCCUCGUUUUUAAUGGGUGUGUUCACUCCCAACAACUAUGCUCUCUCCAAAUGUUACAUGCCAGAAGAAUCAACAGUCAUAUCCAUUUAUACUUAUGGUGGUUUUUUCAUCGUAAUUUAUUUACUCAUCAAAGCAACACAGAGAAUGAAUCGUCAUAACUUUUUGAAACUCGACUGACAAAUGUUUUAUUGAUAUGAUUUCAAUGUCCUCGAUGUUCUGUUUCUUCAUAUUUAAUUUUAUACACAACAGACUUGGUGCAACAGUAUGAAGAAAAACAAAAUGACCAUUGACGAGCACAGCAUGACAGUGUACAUAAAAUAAAUAAUCAUUGGCGGAAAAAAUCUUUCGUUCCAGGUAAUUUUAUUCUCAUUCUCCCAAUGAUUGAUGCCUUUUACACUAUUAAGAAAAAUAAUGAGAAUAGUAAAUACUCGUUGCAGAUACGAUGUUGCCGCCUCAAGAAUGUGACAUAUUUAAUUCACAAGUGAAGUGAUAAAACUCAGUGUAACAAUCCUUUUUCCAUCUCAUUAGAAAACGGACGAUAGUUUUUGAAAAAAAGUUUAUCAACUAGCAAGACAAAUCCCGUGAUAUAAGAAUUUCUGUACUGCAACAAUUCGUAGGUAAUAUAAAUAUAUUAUUUUUUAUGGAAAA